AUGGCUGAUCAUCAAACCACCGGCUACCUAAUUCGUAGAUUCUCUCAACAAUUCAACGCUGCCUUCAUCAAGGUGAAGUUCUGCAUUUUCUACUUCUUUCAAAGAGACCAACAGAUCAAUUUACCCGGACCUGAUCUUUUGCCACAUGCAGCAUUUGCUUUCGCAAUUUUCCUCAUUCUAGGUUUCCUCCAACUUAAGUAUCAAGGCAAAGAAAAAUCACCCUUCGAAUCACACCCCACCGCCAUGUCCGUGGCCGUGAUUAGUUUGCUCUUAUAUUGCUUUGCUAAUGGCAUUGAACAGAGGUUAUCUUCUAAUGCUUGUCGGAGUCGUCGCGGGCGGAUUCCGAGGUGGGCAUGCGACGCACUCCGGUGGGGCAUGUUGUUAACUGCAUCUCUUUCGGUGGCUACCACGGCUACAUUUCUGAUGCCGGCUUCCGUUAGGCCCUUGUUCUUAGCUUUCUACUUAAUGAUGGUUGUUGGAGAACGAGUACAUUGGAUUUAUCGAAGAUUUGUCAGGGAUGAAUCAAACUGGUGGCGGAAGCUACGCGGCAGCGCCGGCCGCCAACAAGUUUUCUUCACGAAUAAUAAUGAUUUAUGGAGGAAUAUAGCUCGGUACUUCAGUAGGACAGAUCAACAGCGCUCAAUACUUCCUCAAUAA